AUGGGGCGUGACAACAAUAUUCUUGUGAGUGUUCCUGAACAACAACUUAUGUCAUGUGAUCCUAAUACUCAUGGCAGCAAUGGAGGCCAGGUCUACAAAGCAUUUGAAUAUGUCAUCAAAAAUGGUGGAAUUGCCUCGGAGUCAGAUUAUCCUUAUGAAGCUAUUAAUGGUACUUGCAAUCACCAAAAGGAGAAGAGGAUAGCCCUUACUAUUGAAGGCUAUGGAAAAGUGAAAUCCUUAUGCGAACCUUGUCUCCUUUGCGCUGUUUCUAGGCUGCCUGUUAGUGUUUAUGAGAGAGAUCCACUUGGCUUGAUCCAUGUCAGCACUAAUUUCUUCAUUAAAAGUUUAUACUUUGAACAUGGACAUGGACUCUUUGAUGCGAGUAGCUGCCCAAACGUUGAACGUUGGUAUACUGAUCAUGCGAUGCUGAUCGUGGGAUACGGUUCUUUGGGUCUUGAUCAUGAUUAUUGGAUUGUGAAGAACUCAUGGGGUAGAGAAUGGGGAGACAGUAGUUACAUCUACAUCAAAACAAACACUGGUGAUCCUUUUGGUGUAUGCAACUUCAAUUGCUAUGCUUGUUACCCAACCAAGAACAUUCUCAAGCUUGAUUCUGCUAUAUGA